AUGGUUGCGCGGCGAGAAGCCUGGCCUAUUGAAAGGGAAUAUCUGACGUUGGGAGGGGAUAAUCCUCCAACUACCAUGGCACCUGAUUUGAAAAGCCACGAUGACAAGGAUCAGUCUCUUCAACAGAUCAGCCGGAGUCAUCGCGCGUCGAUCGUGUCGCAGCUCGUGGCCAUCAGCGGUCGGAACAACCAGGUGCAAAACUCGAAGUAUCGCUCCUUCGUUAAUAGGCUCCACUGCCUUGAGCCCAGAGACUCAAAGCUACAUCGUCGCACAAUUAACGCUUUUCGUCAGCGCCAGUAUGUCGCGCUGUCGUACACCUGGAAAGCGUCAGAGGAUGAAGACCCCAGUAGUGGCGAUUACUCUGUUGAGGAUUGGGACAGCAAGUCGCUGAUACGCUCAGGGGUCCGCAACUGCGUCCUUGACCGCGUCUUGACGUACAUGCGCCACGCCGAUGUUGGCUAUCUCUGGAUCGACAUGCACUGUAUUCGCCAACAUCAUUGCGAAGUUGAUUUUUGCGUCCGGCACACCAAUUGUCUGGAGAAGCAGGACGCAAUACAAGCCAUGGACCUUGUGUAUCAAUUGAGCGAGCAUCCUGUUGCGCUUCUAGGGCGGAAGCUCAAGAAUACAGCCGAGCUACACCUUCUUGCAAAGAUCCUCUCCGGCAUCCUUGUCAACUACGGGUUCAAACUAUCAGCAUCGACUAGUGUUGAUACGGCACGGGGAGCUUUGGUACUGUUGAGCGACAUCACACGAGACGUUUGGUGGCGUCGUGCUUGGCCGUUUCAGGAAAACUAUCGUGGAGCAACACGGAUGUUGUUGAUGAUCCAUCAUGACCACUUUCUAGAGCGACAAAAGCUCCGGUAUAAAGUGUUUGGGAAGGUACCCGGCGAGAUGUGUAUCGCAUCUGUUAGGUUCUCAAUAAAGGCAACAAAAUUAUGUCUAACGCUCAGAGAAGCCACAUGGCUGACGUCGCUGGACGAGGAAAGACUCGAAAGCGUAUUGCGUACAGCAGGACGAUACACCCUCAUGCUGGAUGGCUCAAGCCCUAUGACCCCAAGGUUGAUCGCCGAUAUCGAAACGAGAGAAAUAUCUCAACCAUGGGAUAGGCUUGCUAUCACAGCAAACUGCUGCCAGUUCCCCAUAAGGCUCAUGUACAGUGCAAUCAGCCGACAAAGUCUUAGCUUAUCAAUCCUAGCCAUGUGUCUCCUCAAUGGCGAGAUCCUGGACAAUGACAGAACCAAUGUAACCUCAGUUACAGAAAAGACAACAUUGAAAUUUCUCGACCUCAUGAUGUUUAAAGACUUUCAUGCACCAGAGGACCACGAUCGAUGGCUGACAUUCAAUAAGGGCUGUCGGCUGGUAGACGUAGAGUUAACGCCGGGCGGCGUUGUAACAAGCGGUCAUCUUUGGAAGCUGGGCCGUGUCAUCGAUCCAUGGAUCCCUCGACGCAAGCUACCUCGGACAAGGUGCGCGAGAGGACGACUGAGCUUGGUUCAGCGAAGGCGGCUGCUGCGACUUGUUCAUUGCCUUCGGAAAGUGGGCCACAUAUGGCUCGCCAGCCGGAUGGAGGGGUAUCUGGCCACAGACGCCAUGGCACGGGGGGCCUACAAAUCAUUCAAAGAGAUGUACUUACAUACCAUGGCUGCUGAGCUGGCGAAUGCGAUCCGAGAUCGUCGGAAGUUGAAGCUCGGCAGCAUUUGGAACCCGACAGGGCAAACCGCAUCCUAUCAUGCGAUCUUCGUGGAUGAUACUAAGUGUCUCAACAGAGCGAAUCUUCUGUUUCCAGAGUUUGCCUUUACUUCAGCGCGGCAAGGCGAUCUCGGCUCACUGACCCAUGAAGCCAACGACAUUGACCGGCAUGUGUCAUUGCUGGUGGAGCUUGAGCAGCCGUCGGGCAAUACUCAUAUACCUCACCUCCGUAUCAAAAAUUGGCUGCUCGGGAUGUGCUUUUUCGACGGAUAUCCUCGGACCAAGGUUGUUUUUCCCUGGCCGCAAAAUCUGCUUGCUGUAAAGCCACAUAAGGUCUAA